UCUGAAAGCAGCGGAACCGGGGCUGAGGAGAGUACACUAGCAAGAUGGCGGCGCGGUGGGGAGCAGGCGAGGAGACUUUAACAGCGUGCAAUGUGGAGUUCUUCUCCAUGGACACACUGGACGAGACUGCAGGGCUGAGCUCUGAAGAAACUAUGGAAGCCCUUCAAAGCUGCUUAGACCCCUCCAUCCUUUCGAUCUUUGAGGACACACCAACAAUAGAGACCAAAGGACUGGAUGAGGAGAGUGAAGCCACGCUGCUAACCGCGCUGACGGAGAUCCUCGACAAUGUUGACGAUGAGAAUCUGUCUCCAUUUGACACACUCCCUGACUCAGACCUGCUGUCAGGUCAGAAGGGCAGGGAACACUCUCCGCUCAGGAGGCUGCUGUGCCUGUCCCGUUCCCCUCCUGAAAAAGAUGCAUUUUGUAGCGUAAGACCCAUAUCAACUGGAAAGAGCCUCCCCAGAAUGCUGGCAGAAUCUCUCCAGAGGAGUGAUGGCGAGGAAGAAGACGAUGGCUCCCUCAGUCUGAGCCCUAUGGGACAUGCUUCAUCCCCUGACAAUGACUUGUUAGCCUGGGGAGAUGAUUCCCUCCCACUUCCUGUAAUGUUUGAGCAGGACGGGGAAGAUGGUCUUUCAGUUAGCCUUGCGGACUUGGUCAGACACAUGCACCCGUACUGUAUGGCCAUUAGUGUCGAGGAUGACGACGGGGAACAGAUGUUGCCUGAAGGAGGCAUCUUAUUCGAGGUUGUGGAUCAGGGGGAAAACGGUGAACCCAUACUGGCCAUCCCAGACAUGGAGCUCCCGGUAUCUUUGCCACUUAUAGAGCAGUUUUCAGAAAAUGAGCAGAAACUUGCAUAUGAAGAGGUGGACUCUGACAGUUCGGAGCAUAUAGUCGUCGAUGAUGAUGAAGAUAUAAUUGUCAGCGAGGCUCCAGUGAAAGUUGCAGCCCCUGCAACACCAGGCCUGUGUACCGAUGUCAAAGAUGAGACAAUCGUAGAGAGACAGAAGGAAGAGGUUAGAGAAAGAAGCUCUUCCAGGAGAAAAAAGAAAAAGAAAUCAAAGAAAGAAAACAAACCGGAGCCUGUGGAAGGAAGAGUUCUCAGGAGUGGUACGUUGAGAAAAACGGCACAGGAGGUACCACCAAAGCCUGAGAAAAGUCAAAGAAGAGAAAUGAGAGAGAAGAAAUGCAAAGUCUCAAAGGUGCCUGUUGCCUCGACUCCAGCUUCUUCUUCUUCCUCUGUGAAAUCUAAGAAACUAAACCCAUGCAAAACUGAAGCAAAAACAUAUAUCACCACUACAACAUUAUUGCCUAAAAGUAGGGUGCAAGUUCCUUCAUAUGUGUCACCCAAACCGGCUCUGCUAAAGGAUGGACCCGGAACGAGUCGGCCAAGCUGUUUACCCACAGCAGUGAUCUCCCAGCAGCCCAGUGGACCCCCCGAGAAGCUGGAAGUCUCAUCAGCAGUUCCUUCUGCUGUCCCUGUCCCUCUGUGCUCAGAGAGCCCAGCAGCUGCUCCUAGUCCCACAACACCUGAGAUGAUGGGACCUGUUUGUGAAGCCCUCCCUCUUGUGGCCCCCGCAGUCCCAGAGCCGAAAUCCAAAUCACUUAGCCUAGCGGAGUAUCGGCGGCUCCGAGAGCAGAAGAAACCAGCGCCGGUGGAAAAGAGAGACGACAACAGCACCAAGUGGCCUAGCCUCCCAGAGCUCCCGACAGAGCUUCCCCCAAUUCCCUGCCUGCCUGACCCCAACCCCCAGGAUCCUCGACGCCCCAACCCCCAAGCAGGCAAGAUUGAAGUGGAGGAGGUCAAGCCUGCAUGGCAGCCACGGGGGCCAGCUGCACCGCCCACCCCUGAGGCACUGCUGGUGCCACCAGCCUACAUGACUGCUUCAUCCAGCAGAGUUUCCACUGCUACUCCAGUUCCUAAACCCAAACCUUCUCUACCCGAACAGACCCCAGUUCCUUCAGUGAAGGAUUUACCCACACAUCAAAGUACUGUUGCUCAACCUGCAGCACCUCAGAGUUCUGGGUCGCCAGCAUCUUCAAAUCAGGCCAAUGGGCUCAUUUCAUCCGUGAAUGGAAAAUGUUCUCCUGUACUUUCAUUAAGAAAUAAUGAAGUUGAUGAAAAGUCCAAAACUCAGCUCGAGUCUCGAAAGUCUGUUGAGCUCACUAAAACCACUACAGAGCCAAUCAAACCCACCACCUCCCCUAGUGUCCCCCAGAAAACCGCUGUUUUCCAAAAGUUGCCUGACGUAACCAAUGCCACCACAUUCAACAGCCCCAUCACAGCUGAUAUUAAAUCCUCCAGACCAACGGACUGUGGCACUCAGCUCUGCUCUUCUCCAGCUGCACAUCCUUCAGACUCCCAGAGUCUAAAGGCAAAACCCGUUCUGCUUAAAACUAAAGCGAAGCCGACUACAGCAGUGAAGCCCCAAAAGCUGAAGAACCCAACACAGGAGCUGAUUGAGUCUUUCACCAGUGAGAUAGGAAUUGAAGCUGCUGAUCUGACCAGUUUACUGGAGCAGUUUGAGGAAACCCAAGCCAAAGAGGAGCAAAGUGUUCCGGAGGUCUCUGGUAGAGCAGCAGCUGUAGGAAACUCAAGUUUUGAGUUGGCUCCAAAGAAAAAGGUUGUGGAGCGAGUGAGAGCAAAUGACCUCUUAAGUACUGCAGCUCUUACUCCUCCAGCCACUCCUCCCCAGCAGAUGUGGAAACCUCUGGUCCCUGUGGCCCUGCUGGCGAAGAGCAAAGCGGCUGAAGCCUGCAAGUCCAGCCCCUCCAAGAUUAUCCAGAUAGAGGCUCGGCCUCUUCCCUCAUUCAAGUCGCGCAGCAAACCCACUCCCGCUGCUGCCACUGUCGACCCCGAACUGGCGUGCCUGGACCACGACUAUUGCCUCCCCAGCAAAGGCACUUCUGCUGGAGAGCCAGGCAGACGCUGGAAUGUCAAACCGCAAUCAUUCAUCACUAUUAAACCCAUCAUGCAACCCACUACAGUCCUCGCACAGACAACGCCAGCUGUCCUGGCAGUUUCUGUCCCGUCUACUACGAACCCUGAGUUCACAACCAAAACUCAAGAUUUCCCACUGACAGAUGACCUGGAUCCCAGUUCCGUUCUGGAAACUCCUGACGCGUCUCCUGCUCGGCAGGAGACCGAUUCCUCUGUUAAAGAAGGAAGCCCCAGGGGAGGGCCUUUCAGCAGGACCUACCGUCGUCAUGCAGACUCUCGCACACCCAGCCCCACAUUUAGCCCCAAAGAGAGGAGCGGAGGCCGAUCCAGAAAGAGAAGAUCCCGCCGUUCUCCCAGCCCGAUGUCCAGUGGUUCAGAGUCAGACUCUCAUUCCUCUAGAUCUCGGUCUAGAUCUCGGUCUAGAUCUCGGUCUAGAUCUCGGUCUAGAUCACGUGGUCCAGCUAAGAAAAGGUAUUGUCCCCGUAACUCUGAGAGCAGUUCCAGCUCCUCAUCCUGUUCAUCAUCACGGUCCUCUCGCUCUGCGUCCCGCUCUGCGUCCCGCUCUUUGUCUCGCUCUGCGUCCCGCUCCCCCCCGAGGAGGAGGAGGAAUUCGUAUUCCUCGUCUCAUUCUGGCUCAUGGAGUCGUUCCAGGUCGCGGUCUCGAUCCCCUCAGAGACGAGCACAGUGGAGUAGGAGCAAGCCAUGGUGCAGUCCCUCAUAUGCACCUAGCUAUGAUCACAGUGAAAUGGUGAAUGGGGAGCCGGUGAAGAGAUGCAAGGAAAAAGCCAUUGAGGAGCGUCGGGUUGUUUACGUUGGACGAAUCCGUGGUACGAUGACCCAAAAAGAACUUAAAGAGCGCUUCACUUACUUCGGCGAGAUCGAAGACUGCACCUUGCACUUUAGAGACCACGGGGACAAUUAUGGCUUUGUGACUUACUAUGAUACCAAGCACGCUUUCACGGCCAUUGAAAAUGGGAGCAAGCUGCGCAAACCUGACGAGCUGCCAUUCGAUCUGUGUUUUGGCGGAAGGAGACAGUUCUGCAAAAGCAACUAUGCUGACUUGGAUUCGAGUAGAGAGUACGAUCCAGUGCCUGUGAAAGGCAAGUUUCAUGCACUAGACUUUGACACUUUACUGAAGCAGGCCAAGCAGAACCAGAAGAGGUAGCAGGAGGCCUGCAGCAGGAAGCAGCUGACACUUACCUCAGAGCCUACAGCUGGCUCCUCACCUGCAACACUGUCUUUACAUUUUAGUUGUUGCUUUAGUUUCUUUUUUUGUUUUGUUUUUGUUUCUGCAAGCUAACACCUUCUAUUGAAGUGAAGAUUUGUAAAGAAAAGUAGGAAAAAGAAGUUCAAAAAAAUAACUAAAUGAAAUCAAAUAUUUUUUUUUAAAUUUUAUUUAAAUGUAAAAUCAGAUUUGAAUUGUAUGGACAGAUGAUGGUUUUUAAAAAAGGGUGAAAAUAAGUGGAUGGAGCUACCUGGCUCCUGGGAAAGGAUGUAAUACAUUUAUAUGUACUACAAACCUUAAUUAA